AUGAUCGUCAGCAGCACCACCACCAAACUCCACGCCUUUCUCCUCCAACACACCAGCCAAAUCCACGAUGCCAUUCUAAGUAUCACAAUUCUCGCCUCGUUCGCCUGGAUUACAUACGCAUUACUACAGAAUCUGCGAUCUCGUUAUCAACAACAGCAACAGCAACAUAAAACCAGACCGUCAACGCCGGACAUUGAGAAGAAUAAGAAAAAGCGGGAAUUUGGCGAAUGGACGCCAUCACCCUUCAAAAGACCAGAACCAGCACCUUAUCCAAAUUGGGAUGUGCAAACGACAAAGCCGCUUUUGUAUCGUCCUUUUCGAUAUGGACCAAAAUACUUCGUGACUAUGGGAUUGAGGAGCAUGAAAUGGGAUGAGUGGAUUGAACUGGAUAAUCAUUAUCCCCGCUUUCACGCUGAUAAGGCUCGUCGCAUUAAAGAGCGUGGGUCAAAAUGUUGCAAAACAGCGCCGGAAGCCAUGGACGGUGCGAUUGAGUUGCUUGAAGAAUUAGCUUCGUAUCUUCCAGCUCGGUAUCCAAGCAUGUUCCGCAAAAGUUCCGUAGGAAUAGACAAUCUCUACACAGGCGAAUCAUUCAACAUCGUCCAGCGGCCGCUUCCCGAAGAUCCAAUGGUCACAUCGGCGCGACUUGUACAGGACGACCUGGCACUCAUGUUCGAAAAGCCCGACGGACAGUACUACCUCCUCGCCGGCGCCGUUCUGCUCGCCGGAUUCUGGCGCCUGGAGGACAAAUUCGGCAUGCCUCUCAGCGAGAUUCAUACGUCCGGCGACGUGCCGCAGUAUCGUGAGAAGCUUGAAAAGGGGAUGAUGAAUUUCUUCCGACGGGUCAAACCGGAAGACCCGGUGCUGCGCAACAAUUAUUUUUUGCAGGUUGAUGACCAGCUUGCAUGGUCGAGCAGCAUUGGGUCCGAAGACGAGCCCGGGAUUUCCUGGAAUACGGCAGAGAAGAACCGUGCAAUCGAGCACCACUUUUUCAGAUCAGAGAGACAGUCUCUACGCCGAUUGCCGCGGUCUGGUGCCGUGGUUUUUACCAUCAGGACAUAUUUUGAACCCAUCACUGAGAUCGUGAAAGAGCCAUAUGUACCGGGGAGGCUGGCAUCGGCGAUCCGAUCAUGGGGGGACGACGUGUCGGUGUAUAAAGGCAAGGAGAAGUACGGCGAGGUUUUGUUGGAGUAUCUUGACAGGAAGCAUGAGGAGCAGUUGGCGAAUGGGCUGGACCUUGAAAAGGAAGAUGAGGUUCGCGCUUAUCCGUAUUGA